UCUCUGAUGUCUGCCUUGCUUUAGAUAGCUGGAAUGAAGAAGGGAGGCCAGCUCUGGAUUUUGUGCUUGCUUUGCAGCUGCUGCAGGAGCAAGACAAUAGUGCAGAUGGUUCAGCGCUCUGCAGUCACUGCCAGUGCAUGCUCCACCUGGGGUAAUUUCCACUUUCAGACAUUUGACCACACAACAUUUGACUUCCCUGGACUUUGCCAUUAUGUAUUUGCUUCCCACUGCAAAGAUGAACAUCAGGACUUCAAUAUAGAGAUCACAAGGAGCAUCAAGAAUGGGAUGGCCAUCUAUUUCACAGCCACCAUAGACAGAGUGCUUCUGGAGGUGAAAGAACCAGGCAUCACUGUUGAUGGGAAGGCAAUUUCUUUACCAUUCAGCCUGAAGAGUAUUUUAAUAGAAGAUGCUUACCCUUACUUGCAAGUCACCACCAGACUAGGCCUGACACUCAAGUGGAAUUGGGGUGACACUCUCCUACUGGGUUUAGAAGAUACGUACAAGGGGAAAAUAUGUGGCUUGUGUGGGAACUAUGAUGGCAGCAGUAAAAAUGAUCUUUUUUUGCAUGGUCAUUCAGUAGCCCCAUGGCAAUUUGGAAACCUUCAGAAAGUAGAAGAUCCAGCAAACAAAUGUCCUGAUGUAUCUGGAGAUACGGGAAAACAUGCAAGCAACUCCCAUCAGCAAGAUUAUUGCAAAAAGAGAUAUAAAUCGAAAUGCAAGAAAGUGCUUUCCCAUUUUGGGAACUGCUCUAAAGCGGUCAGUGUUGAUGAUUACCAAGCCAUUUGCGUGGAUGAUAUGUGCAGCUGCUCUGAGAAAUCGUCUCAUUCUGACCUGGUGGCAAAGUGCGUGUGCAGCACCCUCAGCCAGUACGCCCGAGACUGUGUCCUCAGGGGUGGAAAUCCUGGAAAAUGGAGAUCCAAAGAGCUUUGCUUCCAGAAAUGUCCAAACAACCUGGUAUAUAAGGAAUGUGGAAACCCUUGUGUUGACACCUGCUUCAACCCAGAAAGGAGCAAACUAUGUAAAGCCCCAUGUGCUGAUGGCUGCUUUUGUCCUGAGGGAACGAUUCUUGAUGACAUCAGUAGCAAAAAAUGCAUUCCUGCGGGCAGCUGCCCCUGCAGCUUUCAAGGCAACGUCUUUACAGCUGGAAACACGUAUUCCAUCCCUUGCCAGAACUGCACCUGCACUGGAGGGAGAUGGUCUUGCAUAUCACUCCCUUGUUCUGGAAACUGUAAAAUAGAAGGAGGAGCUCACAUAACGACAUUUGACAAGAAGGAAUUCAUUUUCCACGGCAACUGUCAGUAUGUCUUAGCCAAGGACACAGACGGAUCUUUUGUGGUCAUUGUAGAAAUGUUUCACUGUGGCAUAUCAGAUACUAUGACAUGCCUGAAGAAUGCUUUAAUCACCUUAGGAGCCAUGAAUAUAAGAAUCUCUUCUGAGGGAGAUGUGUACAUCAAUAAUGUUAUUACUGAGUUGCCUGUAACUAAAGAUGGCAUCAUUCUCUUCAGACCAUCUACCUUCUAUGUCAAUGUUGUGACUCCUUCCCGGGUACAGAUUCAAGUGCAACUGAAACCUAUUAUGCAGCUCUUCAUAACAGUAGAUGAAACCUAUCAAAAUCGUACUUCUGGCCUCUGUGGAAAUUUCAACAAUGUGCAGACUGAUGAUUUUCGAACCGCCAGUGGGAUUGUAGAAGACUCUGCUUCGGCAUUUGGAAACUCAUGGAAGACUAUGGCCAGCUGUGCCAACGUUCAAGACAACUUUGAGGAUCCCUGUCAGAAAAGUGUGGACAAAAAAACUUUUGGGCAGCAUUGGUGUGGCCUUCUAUUGGAUUCAACUGGGAUAUUUGCUGGAUGUCAUUUAGUUAGUGAUCCUGCUCCGUAUGUCAAGAACUGUAUUUAUGACAUAUGUAACGGUGAAAAGAGUCAAGAGGCCUUAUGCAGUGUAUUCUCUGCCUAUACCAGAGAUUGUGCUUCAAAAGGAAUAUACCUGAAAGGAUGGAGAAGUGGCAUCUGCGAUGCCACUAUGGACUGCCCUAAAACAAUGGAGUACAGCUAUGAAGUGAAAUUCUGUAACAAUUCUUGUCGUUCACUGAGGGAACCAGACACACUCUGUAAUGUUCACAUUCUCCCUGUGGAUGGCUGUACCUGCCCUGAAGGGACCUAUCUUACAAAUGAGGAAAAAUGUGUCUCUCCAGAGGACUGUCCAUGUUACUACAAGGGCAUGUGGAUCCAAGCUGGGGAUUCAUUCCAAAAAGAUGAUAUUCUGUGCAAAUGCAUUCAAGGACAAUUAGAUUGCAUUGGAAAAACAAAAACUAGAAAAGAUUGUCCUUCUCCCAUGUACUACUUUGACUGCAGCUCUGCUGGUCCAAGUGCAACUGGAUCAGAAUGUCAGAAAAGUUGUGAGACACAAGACAUGCAGUGUUAUGCCACUGAAUGUGUCUCUGGAUGUCUGUGUCCUGAUGGGUUGGUGUCCAAUGGCAACGGCAGCUGUAUUGAGGAGGAACAAUGCCCUUGUGCCCAUGGAGGAAAUUACUAUAUGCCUGGCACAUCUAUCAUGGUCAACUGUAAUACAUGCAAAUGCCAGAGGAGACAAUGGAACUGUACAAAGAACCCAUGUCAAGGAAUUUGCACCAUGUAUGGGAAUGGACACUAUGUCAGUUUUGAUGGAGCAAAAUUUGACUUCAGGGGAGACUGCGAAUAUAUUCUAGUCCAGGACUUUUGUCCAAAUAAUCUCCAGCCAGGAACUUUUCGGAUUGUAACACAAAACAUUGCAUGUGGUAAAUCCUUCUCAGUUUGUUCCUUAAAAAUCAGCAUCUUCUUAGAGGAUGGUGAAAUUAGGCUUGUAGAAGGGCAAGUAGAGGAGCUGACCAGUAAGACAGCUAUUGAAAAAAGCUAUAAAAUCUAUCUCAUGGGAAUGUAUAUAAAAAUUGAAAUUUUCCAUGGUAUGACCUUCAUAUGGGAUAUGAAAACAACAGUGAUCAUUCAAGUGACACCCUCUUUCCAGGGCAGAAUUUGUGGUCUUUGUGGUAAUUUUGACAACAGUCCCAACAACGACUUUACCACUAGAGGGCAGUCUGUGGAGAUGCAUGCCCAGGCCUUUGGAAACAGCUGGAAAGUCACCUCUAGCUGUUCAGAUACAAACAAAAUGGACCUAUGUGCAAAUCAGCCUUCCAAGCUCAUACUAGGGCAAAAGCAAUGUGGCAUUAUCAAGAGUGAGGUUUUUGGAGCAUGCCACAGCAAGAUCAACCCAACCCCCUAUUAUGAAUCCUGUGUGUCUGAUUUCUGUGGUUGUGACAGUGUGGGAGACUGUGAAUGCUUCUGUACUGCUGUGGCCGCUUAUUCCCAGAGCUGCAAUAGAGCUGGCAUCUGUAUUGACUGGAGAAAUCGUAAAAAUUGUCCUGUGCUCUGUGACUACUACAACUCACCGAACAAAAGAGAAUGGCAGUAUAAACCUUGUGGAGAACCAUGUUUAAGGACCUGCAGGAAUCCAGGAGGAAAAUGUGACAAUAUACUAUACAGUUUGGAAGGCUGUUUUCCCGUCUGUAGUGCUGAAAAGCCAUAUUACGAUGAAGAAAAAAGAGAAUGUGUUUCAGUGCUUCAGUGUACCUCAUGUGAUCCAAAAGAAAGACUCUGCAUGAACAAAUCAAAUGAGUGUCUUUGUUGCUACAACAAGAAAACAUACUCCUUGAAUGAAUUAAUAUAUAAUAAAACAGUUGGGGAUAUGUGCUCCAUAGCGAUCUGUGGUCCUGGUGGAAACAUCAUUGAUACACUCAGCCCAUGUGGUACAUUCCUGACAGACAUUCUUUAUGCUUGGAAAUCAGGAAAAAUGUCUCCCACAACCGCACCAGCAAAACAAGAAAUUAAAGCCACUCCAUGCAUAUGUAAUAUAAAUGGACUGCUGAUAAGUAAUGACAGCAGCCAGUUUGUGACAAUGGAUGCUUCAGGUUGGUGUAUUUAUGCUUUUUGCAACAAAUCCUGCCAGACUGAAUUCAUGUUUGGAGAAUGUAUCUCAUUCCUUAACACUAGCAUUGCAAGCAAAGUUGCCACGAUGUCCAGCAGGCCUUGUAAGGGGGAUGUUCAAAACUGUGAGAAGGAGUUCCUUCCUUAUUCUAGAGUUAAUGAUGUCCCUGCAUUUACCUCUGGGAGUGAUUGCACUGACCUUAUUCCUCCUAGAAAGUUUCAAGAAAUAUGGAAAUUUGGAAGCUGCCAAAUUGCCACUUGUUUGGGUGGAAAACACAUUAAAGUAUCUGACGUGCAGUGUCCACCCCAAAAGGCCAAACUCUGUGUCAAUGGACUACCACUUGUAAAAAGUCACGAUGCAUCGGGCUGUUGUGAGGUUUCUGAAUGUCAGUGUGCUUGCAAUGGAUGGGGGAAUCAACACUAUAUCACAUUUGAUGGAUCCUAUUAUAAUUUCCAUGGGAAUUGUUCCUAUAUUCUCAUGAGACCCAUUAGGCCUCGCUCUCAGAACUUCUGGAUUCAGCUGGACAACCACUACUGUGCUGCCUCAGGCAGGGCCAUUUGUUCAAUGGCACUCUUCAUAUUUUACAACCACUCUACCGUCAUUUUGACGCGAGGGACUGGAAAUGGAGAAGAAGUCAACCUGGUUCUGUAUAACAAUAAAGAAGUCACUCCACAUUUUUCAAAUGAUGGCUUCGAUAUCACCACCUCUGGUCAAUAUGUCAUGGUUAAAAUACCUGAAAUUGGGCUUUAUGUCACCUAUACCUGCCUUGCUUUUUAUAUAAGCCUACCUUUCAGCACUUUUUAUAACAAUACUGAAGGACUAUGUGGUACAUGCAACAAUAAAAAGGCAGACGAUGCCAUGAAAAGGAACGGCAAGAUUGUCGAUUCUUUCACAGAGAUGGCAAAGGAUUGGAAAGUGAUGGACCUGGUCACGAGACACUGUGAUUCAGGUCAAGACCCAAAACCUUCUGCAAGUGAAAUGUCACCUUCCAAAGCAGCCGAUUGUGCCAUUUUGCCUCUUUGUAAACUUAUCUGGAGCUUAACAGAAUGUCACACAGCUGUCCCCCCACGGCCUUACUAUGAUGCCUGUAUUACGGAUGGAUGUACCUCACCAAAGCAGAACACUGAAUGUGAAAAUCUGCAGGCCUAUGCAACCUUGUGCGGCUUCAAUGGGAUCUGUGUGGAGUGGAGAAGCAAAACUGACAGGAUGUGUGAACAUACAUGUUCUCAAGACCAAAUCUACAAGCCAUGCGGGAUGAAGGAAAGGAUCACUUGCAGUAGUGGAAGAAAUCCCGACAAUACCAUUCCACCACAACCUGACAUUCCACAAAUAUUUGUUGAAGGAUGCUUCUGCCCCGAUGGACUGAUUCAACUGAAAGACCAUGACAGUGUUUGUGUUCCUGUCUGUGGAUGCCAAGAACCGGAUGGACUACUGAGAGAACCAGGGGAGAGCUGGGAAAAAGAUUGUCAAGUCUGUACCUGCAACAGAGAGACACUGAGUAUUUCUUGUUCACCCCACAUUUGUGCAAAGUCUCCACCAAUCACUUGCUCUCAGGAAGGAUUUGUUCUGGUUGUGCGGAGACACCCUGAAGACCCCUGCUGUACAGAGGUUGUGUGCGAAUGUGAUGUAAAAUUUUGUCCUUCCACCAAUACGGAAUGCAAGCCAGGCUUCCAAAUUGCAACGGCCACUUCUAAAAAUGCAUGCUGUCCCACGUAUUUCUGUAAGCCAAAAAAUGUGUGUGUGUCUCAAGAAAUUGAGUAUCAGCCUGGGUCGUUGGUACACUCAGAGUCUUGUGAAGAAUGUGUCUGCACCAGGACUCAGGAUCCUAAGACCAAACUCAAUCAAAUCCAAUGCACACCAAUGAAGUGCUCUGUUCAGUGUCAACAGGGCUUCCGUUACAUUCAAGAAGAAGGAAAAUGCUGUGGUGAAUGUAUUCAGACAGCAUGUGUGGCAGAGUUUUCUUCUGGAAUCAUGUCCGUUCAGGUUGGGGAAACCUACAAGGACCCAAAAGAUAACUGUACUCAGUAUCUAUGCACCAAAUUAUCAAAUCAGUUUGUUCUGAGUAGUACCAUAAUAGCUUGCCAAGUGCUUGAUCAAUCAGACUGUGUCCCGGGAACCAUACAGACCACUCCAGAUGGAUGCUGCAAGACCUGCACCCUCUUGUCACAUGACUGUAAAAUUAAUCUGAAGAAACAAUACAUUGACCAUAAUGGGUGCAAGUCAGCUUUUCCGAUUGUGAUACCAUCCUGCGAAGGGUCCUGUGACACCUAUUCUGUGUAUUCCUUUGUCACGCACAAAAUGACACACAGAUGCACCUGCUGCCAUGCUACAAAAUACCAUGAAGUGACAGUGGACCUGAUUUGCAGUAAAAAGAAGAGAAUAAAAUACACAUACCUUCACGUAGAUGAAUGUGGCUGUGUAGAGACCAAAUGCCCAACAUAGAGCCAUAAAACCAAAAGGAAAUAUAUUUUCUCUUAAAUACAUUUUCUAUAAUUAUUCCACAACAGCCACUGUGAGUCAUGUAAACCUAUUUAGACACACACUCCCAAGCCCAUAAUGUGAGAUGUUCAGAAUUUUCUUUCAAUGAUUCAAUGUUUUAAUCAUGUCUCUUAUUAUGAUUACUCUUGGAAACAAACUACAAUCAGCACAUAGACCCUACACACUUCACACCCUGAUAAUAAACCAAAUCAAAUAAAUGAAACUUGCAGCAUUCCUUUGA